CUCCGGUCUUAGGAGAAAGCUUAAACUCUAGAUCACUGAGCUAGUGUCCAUCAGUACCUGAAGUUGCUAACUUCUCUUCUGAGCCAUGUUAGCUUCCCUUAGUCCAUGGGAUUUAAAUUGCUUCAUGUAUUUCUUUCCACCAACUAAUUCGUUCUUUUUGUACUAUAUUCCUACAUAAAAUCUUCUACAUAUUACACCAUUGAGUUCAUCUUGCUGUGCUAAUGCGGUAUGGCAACUUGUCUUAGGUGAGUAACUGCCUCAGACUCAACGCGGUUGAGUUCGACGAGCUACGGUUUCCCACCACAACUUUGAGAAUUCCCUCUCUAAGCUAGUCACAUGGUAAUUUUCAGUUCUGCGUUAUGAGUUGUUGUAUCUUGCGGAAAAUUGGAAUUAUUGCGUUGCUUAGUAAUGUGUAUGACUGUUCAUCGCUACAUGCGUUAAGCUAACAGUCUGACACAACAACAGAACAUACUUUCCAUUUAAUGUUGACUAUAAAAAUAUAGUUUCGUGCAAUGGCUACAAGUGUUAUUAAUAUUAAUAGUACUUCGGAUUCUUUAUAACUGUCACAACACUUUUCGUUGUGCUUCGCGUAUUCUUCAGGAUUAACUGGAGUAUCAGUGAACCAAAAGAUUCAGUACCCAGUUACUUUAAAGGUCUAUUUCUCACUUACAUAUACACAUGAAGGUGAAUAGACCUCAAAUUACGGUGGAAUACCUUGUUUGAUUUAGAUAUAUUCUACAGUGUCAUGGGAGUAUCCUAAGUUAUGAUAGUGUUUAUCUGGAUAACAUUGUCAUUCACGCUCAUGGGCUACAUAUUCUGCGUGAUUUUGAGAACUCAGCCUACUGUAAAAAUGCUCAUCUUCAGCAAAGAGUAUUUAAGGCCGAAAAAGCGUGUGCAUGAGCCAACAGAUGCUUACUUCGAUCACACAAAGGUUACAAUUGGAAGUAGAUCUAACGAAGCUCUGCAAUCGAUAUUUGACUUACUGCUUAAAGAGUACAUCGAAUUUUGGUAUAGACCGUUCACUUCAAACCCAGAUUUUAUGGUGCAGUUGAAAAUGUUUUUACAAUAUGCUUGUGCUGUAAUUGUCCAAAGAGUUAAAGAUAUCGAUCUUUCGGAGUUCAUUGUUAACCGGUUUAUCCCACAUUUCUUCGACCAUAUUGUACAUAUUUUAUCACUUACUUGUUCUGAUAAGUUAUAUACUACCGGUGUUAGUGACACACACGAGGAAACUCGGACCAUGUUGAAGGAAAAUCAUUCCCGUAAAAGCCCGUUGAAAUCUUGUUCCGAAGAAGCUGUUUUGUGUGCUUUUGGAGAUCGAUUACAUGCAGCUCUGUAUUCAAGACAAGCUGAAGUAAUGUAUUUACGUGCAGUGGUCAACCGGUUACUACCAGUUCUCGGCAUGCCACCCAGUCUCUCAUCAUCAGAAAUGCAUAAAUCAAAAGAGCCUUCUGUUGAUCACGGUCAUCGCUUUCGACGUAAUCGUGUUAUGCACAACUCUCCCGGACAUGUGUAUGGUAGUUCAGAGCGUAGUCGUAAAUCACCUGUUGUUUCACGGAGUGCUUCAACUAGUGCGUUAUUUUUCCAGAAGUUUAUGGAACUGGGUUGUAAUCCAUCGUUGUCUAGUUUUUUAAUAGAAAUACUAUCUACUUGUGUUUUAUUGCCUGCUAUGGACAUUUUAGCUAAUUCUGAUUUUGUCAAUCAUUUGAUUCUACUAUGUUUUCCUGAAUGUACACCUGUUGAAUCAUUAAUAAAACAUGAUUGUAAACAUGUCCCAUUACUCGAAGCAUAUAUUCACGACUGGGAGAGAUGGUUAUCUAAAAAGCAAUCAACAGUUAUACAUAUUGAGAAGUUAUUAAAUCAACAAGAUGAACUCUAUCCAUUUAUGCAAUACAUGAAAUCAGUUAAAUCUAUUGAACCUUUAACAAUUUUAUUGUUAAUGUAUCAAAUUAAUUCACGUGUCUUAAAAUCUAUGCCAUCAUCAGAUGCUUGUCAUGAAAUUAGUGCACAAUUACAUCAUAUUUUAAGUAUAUUAAAUGGUCAAAUGUUUAAUGAUAAUAACAAUGGGGAUGAUGUUGACAUUGAUCAUUAUCAUCAGCGUCAUGAUGAUGAUGAUGAUCAUCAUCAUUCUAUUUAUCAAAUAUCUAAAAUGAUUACACAUAAUCAAUCCACUAAAACCUUACCUACAAUAAAUGUUAGACGUUUACAAUUUUUCAAUGUAUCUAAUGAAUUUGAAGAAUUAUUAAAAGUUUGUUUAAAGUAUUGUUCACCGGAGACAAUUAAUCAACUUGUUAAUACACCACAAUGGAAAGAAACCUAUCAGUCAGUUUGUAAGGCAGUUGAACUACGAUUUAUACCAAUGUAUUUGGAAAGCCCGGAGUACAUAAAAUAUUCAUUUGGUUUUUCACAUUUUUCAACUUCAGUAUCAUCAUUAAAUAAAAUUGGAGUGUCUCCAAAACGCGAUAUUCGACGUUUAUCACAAAAUGUAGGAACAAGUCAACAACAAACUGGUCUAUUUGGAAAUGCUUUAAUGAAUGUAUUUAGUAGUCAAUACACUGAUGGACAAUUUUUCGGAAAUCUGGACUCAUCCAAACUCUCAGUUUCAUCAAUGCGUCGUAAUCAAAAAGAUCGGUUUGGUAAUAUUCUCAAUGACCAAACUAAUCGAUCUAAUCGAUAUUAUACUAAUACUGGCACUACUACUACUACUACUGUCAGCGAAGAAUUACUUACAAAUCAACAUGUCAUCGGUAUAAAACAUUUACCGGAAACAACACAACAAUUAGAUUUAUCUCAAUGCAAUGUAUAUAUACGUGGUUUAUCACGUCCUGAAGUUGUAACUCAAUCGAAUAAUCGUCAUCCAUUAGGUUUAAUUACUACAUCCACCAUUAACCCACUUGUAUUAUCAUCAACAACAACACUUGGGAUAACGAAUUUACAUUCUAAUCAAACUAAUCACUUACCAGCAUCAAUGAAUAUGAAUAUUUUAUCGAAUAAUAUUAAUAAUAAUACUAUGACAACUCCAAUUUCAUCAUCUACAACGCUGUACGUGAUAUAAGCU